CAACUCUUAAUCAUCCAAGUUUAACCCCUCUGCAGAAAUCUUUCUGUCAUUUCGCUCGGUUGUCAGCAACAACUGUCGCAUUAGAACAUCGAUCGUCCUUUUGUUGUUCUGGGGGCGUUAUUAAAACCGUCCAAUAGCUUCAAAUCAAAAUGGUGUUCACUACGAGUCAAGCCAUGCGACUGUAUGGGUGUGUUCUAGUCCUGGCCGUUCUAACGUUUACUUCAAGCUCAGCCAUUCCAAAACCGGACAAAGAGAAAGAACACAAAGAGAGAACGAAGGAAAAGCACCUGAGCACCGAGGAGCAUGAGAAAGACGGAGAACACAACACAGAUUACGACCACGAGGCGUUUCUCGGUCAGGAGUCAAAAACAUUCGACCAGCUGUCGCCCGAGGAGAGUCGCGAGAGACUCGGCUUCAUCGUGGACAAGAUUGACAAGGACCACGAUGGGCUGGUGACGGAGGAGGAGUUGAAGAGCUGGAUCCAGUACGUACAGAAGCGUUACGUGCUCGUCGACACAGACCGCACGUGGAAGGACCACGAGCCAGACGCCGACGGCAAGCUGCAGUGGACAUCAUACAAGAAACGCACAUACGGAUACCCCGACGACCCCGAGGACAAGGACUCCCCAACCCACGAGUACCGCGAGAUGAUUGCGCGAGACGAGCGACGCUGGAAGAAAGCCGACAAAGACGGCGACGGCAAACUGAGUCACGACGAGUUCGUCGAUUUCCUCCACCCCGAGGACGCCGAACACAUGCGAGAGAUUGUUGUCUUGGAAACGCUAGAAGACAUUGAUAAAGACAAAGAUGGAUUUAUCAGUCUUGAGGAGUACAUUGCUGAUAUCUGGGAUGAUGAAGACGAUGAUGAUGAGGAUGACGAUGAUGAGCACCAUGGCACGGAACCUGACUGGGUCGCGUCCGAACGCGAACAGUUUCAGAACUACCGCGACAAAGACAAGAACGGCAAACUGGACGCAGAUGAGAUCAAAGACUGGAUUAUCCCGGAGGAUUACGACCACAGCGCCGCCGAGACCACUCACCUCAUCCGGGCGUCUGACGUAGACAAGGAUGGCAAGUUAACGAGGGAGGAAAUACUUGAUAAAUAUGACCUGUUUGUUGGAAGUCAGGCCACAGACUUCGGCGAGGCUCUUACCAAACACGAUGAGUUUUGAGGACAGUCUGCUGUAGACAUUCUUCUCUCACUCCAACCGUGGACGGUAUGGUGGUUAGCGUCCGCGGUGAGAGGCGUAAUAACAGACAGCCACUGAUGAAAGUCAAACAAUAUCUUCUGUUUGUAUGUGUGUGUCAACGUGUGUGAGAGAAUGUGUGGUAGAGUUUUCUUUCUUAACUUCAGCAGAUGUGUAGGUCUUGGAGAGUAAUAACAGAUAAAGUUAUCUUUGUUGGAUAUCUUGGCAGGGAAGUUACCGAGGAUCCUGGACAAAAUCGCCAGGCUGUGAUAACUGACAGUGUUUCUAACACAACUUCCUUACUGGCAAUUACCAGUGUUUCAAACACCAGACUUUCUCGCAAACAUUUACCAGUGUUUUCUACGCACUUCUCAGGAAAACAACAAUUUGCACAUUUUGCUGAUGUUUAUACAAGUUGUGUUUUUAAUUGACCUAAUCUAGUUUAUAGGUGUGUGUAGUGUGUAGUCAGUUAACUACUUACUAGGAGCAUGCCCACUGAGUUUGCCUUACACUCUUUAAGCAUUGUCUGUUGUUGAUGUCUAGUCAGGGUAUAAUGUUUCCUUUGAAACCACAUUUUAAAUGUGUCCAGACAGGUCAGUGAACGUUAGAGCUAAACAGUUCUAUCUCUCUCUGUGUGUCGAAUGCAUUAAAUGCUCCAUCUUGGUACUUUGGUAUUCUUCUGUCUUUUAUGAAUUUUCUUCGUAUAUUUUCUUUUUGAAAAAACCAACCGAAGAGUCCUAUAUGUGAGAGACUCUGCUGGAGCCAGAAGAUGCUGUUAUUUAUGGAACUCUUCGGGUUUCGGCCACAGAGUACAAAGGGUUAUAUUAUGUACCCUGAAAUCUUGGAAAUUAAUGGAUACAUUUUUUUAUAAUUUGUAGAAAUAUUAUGGUAAGGGAACUGUUGUUUACAAUUUGUCAAAGUACAUGGAAUGCAGUGUCCAGUUUCAAACGAUUUCCAACCCGUUACCACCUAGUCGGGCACUUAUAGAUUGUUUUGGUUUUAUCUGGCAGAAAGCCUGGCAUUGAGAAAGCAUCAUCUGGCUCUUAAUAGGUUGAAAUAUUGCAAAAAAAACCAACAGUUUUGUAUAAACCAAAAUACACAUGUAGUUAACACAUAGAUACAAAUUCCAUCAAUUUGGUGAACAUGUGAUUAUAAUUAUGUUAAUUAAUCUACAUGUUAAUGUGCUAACGUGUCUGUAGAUAGAGUUGAUAUUAGUAGACUGACUGUACUGGGUUCUUUUUUCUGUAAGACGUCCACUCGAAGAAUUAACAGUGUAAAAACUAGUCGAGACCAAACAGAGCAUUUUGUAUUAGGUUUUGUGAUGCAAGCACAUUUUAGGAGAGCAUAGUCAAAUUAGUUUUAAUGUGUGUGGCACUAAGAGUUUGUAACAUGGAAAUGUCAUUUUCAGUAUAUACGAAAAUAUAUAUAUUGGGGCUCGAAAUAGGAAGUCAAAUAUGGCCUGCUGUUAAUUUUCUUUUUAAACAGUAGGCUAAAAGAAAUAUAUCCUGCCAAGAUGAAAUAUGGCCUGCUGGAAGCGACACAGCAUGGUAUGGGGGAAGAGUUUGGGAUCGUGUGUGAGACAUUAGAACCCCUGACGUAUUUCAGAGAAUUGUAGAAUCAAAAUGUAACAGAAUCUCAAGCUAAAUAGCAAAUGAGAUCAUCCUACAUACAUCUGUUGUGAAAACGUACCUGCCAGUUCUAAAGAUGGAUGGCUCUUUGCAGGCCACUAUUUCGAGCCCUGUAUAUAAGGAUAUGAUUAGUUUCUUCAAGGACGUAGAGUAGCCGCUAGCUGGUAUUGAUCCCACCUGAUCCCUCAGACUGAGACGGUUUUAUUAUUGUUAUUGUUGUUUUCGAGUUGAAGAAUAAUCAAAUUGUUAGUUUGUCCUUACUGUUACAUUAAUUAGCAAUACUUACCACUUCCUGGUAGUACACAGAAACCUACCCACCUCAAAAAUUCUUGCCAUUUAAAAAAUAUUUUUAGCCUUUGGGUGAAAAAAAAGUCUUCCCUAUGUUAAAAAAUGUCCAGUAACGGCCAUGGAUCUUAGUUAUAUAUAUUACAGAGACGUGUCACUGAGAAGUCUUGUUGACAGUGAAAACCAGAUUUACAGUGGCUAACAUGGUGAAGAAUUGUAUCUUCAUAAAAUAAACAUUGUACACAACUUGAUUAUUUUAAAUAGACCCACAUAGAUUACGUGCCAAGUAUUGUUUCCAGGGCAACAUGUAUAAACUAACUUUUACUUAAAGAUUGCUUUCAAACAGAUGGUGAAAUAUAUGUAUAUGCUUUUAACUUAAAUAUUACCCGUGUAUGAUAGAUUUACCCCUGUAUGAUAGUUUGUAAUCAAAUCCCUUGGUGCUAUAUGUAUGUAGAUUUGUAAGAUGGUCUUUAACAUUGACUGGUACCAUUGUGGCCACUUCAUGUAUUGCAUGUACUGAAGAAUUUAUUGCUUAUAACUGUUCACCUGAAACUGAAGGAAGACCAUGUUUGUAAGGGAUCAUUCACAACUCCUAAUGUUGUUUUGUAGCAACCUGAAUUCAAACUAACUUAAAACCACAGACUCUAGGUUCAAACCCUCAACAUGGACACUGAGUUGGGUUAAUCUACAAACCUGUGACACAUCUGGAUAAAGUUACAAUAGAGUGAAAUGAGAGUGUGCUGUUGAAACGUGGAAAUAACCUUUAAAUAAUAGACUAGCUCAUCUCAGAAACUGUUACUUCUCAGAGGUACAUGCAUUUUUAAAGAUAUGAAAAAUUCAUUUCAUGAUAUUAGAAACAGCAGGAUGACCAGAAACACUACGGAUGUAUGGAAAUGAAUAACCUAUGCAAUAAAAUCUUAGUAAUAUCUGAUUUCAAUUAUUAAAAAUGGCUCUGAUGGCGAAAAAGUAAAGUGUAAUGUUUACACAGGGUCUGUCCGUUUAAUCAGGUAUAAUCAGCAGGUGGGUGUAUUUUAGUCUAUAUUAAACUGUCUGAUGCUAUGCAUCAACAGGGUACAACUCGGGGGAAAUGGUCAUCACGUCAAAGUGGAUUCAUUCUUCAGCUCUUGCUUAUCUUUUAUAACAGAAUGAUCAAAAUUUCAAUUUCUUUUAAAAAUGUUAACAGUAUUUUAAAUUGAGAAGCAUGUAGUACAAAUAUGUGGAGUGAUACAACCUGACCUCACCCUGUCCAUUAAAUUAGCCAGUUGCUAAUUUUUAUACAAAUUGGCUACAACAUUUAGUCUUUAGCUAAUGAAAUAUUAUUAAAAUUUUAACAGUUUCAAAGGAAUUACUCAAUAAAUCUAAAAUCUUAGAUGACCAAUGUUUGUUAUUGUUUUAAGUUUCUAAUGCACAAGCUCAUCAAGCUGGUUUGUGGUGACUUGGUACAGACGAAUGUUGCAAGUUGUGAAUGAUCUUCAUCUUGAUCAAAGUUUGAGAUAUAAAACAUUGGACUGUUAGAGAACUGAGAUAGUUAGCCAUCUUUGAUGUCAGUUUAUUAUUCGUGUAAACGAGAUGUAUGUUUUUAAAACUGCUAGUUUUAUGUAUUGAUUUUGCUUGUUUCAACUUGUAUAUAGGCAUCAUAUCAAAAAUACAGCGUGAUCCAACUAACGGAACAAAUAUAUGUAUUUGCUACUGUUUGUUUAAUAAAACAUUUAGCAAUUUUUA